AUGACUGGCGCCGGCGGCUCCAUCGGCCGCGCCUGCGUCCUCCAAUUCGCCCACCACGGCCGCACCCGCAUCGCCGGCCUCGCCGCCACCGCCUCCGCCCUCUCCUCCCUCCCCGCCGCCACGGCCGUCGAAUUCCUCCCCUCAACCGUCGACCAAGCCUCCGACGCCGACGUCGACCGCGCCGACCGGGACACCGUCGCCCGCUUCGGGCGCAUCGACUACGCCGUCAACAACGCCGCCAUCGCCGCGCCCUUCCGGCCCACGGGCGCGAGCCUGACGCAGGAUUCCGACCGCGUUGCUGGGCGUUCAACCUGCGCGGACCCGCUGCCCGCCGCGUCCGCGUCCGCGUCCUCGUCCGAUGGGCCCGGAGGGGGAGGCGGAGGAGGAAACGGUGACCACCGGGGACGGAGCCGCGGGUCCAUCCUCGAGGUGUGCUCGAGCCUCGGCCUCGUGGCCAUGCCCGCGGACGGCCUGUACAUCAUCUCGAAGCACGGCGUCCUCGGCCUCGUCAAGACGGACGCGCUCGACUACGGCAAAAGGGGCAUCCGGGUCAGCGCCGUGUGCCCCGGCUUCGUCGACACGACCCUCCUGACGCCCGAGUACCGCGUGCUGCUAGACUGGAGCAUCCGGAAGAACCCGGGCAUACUCUUCUUAAUCACGGCCGAUAUGCCAAUUUUGCCGCAUGAUAUCCACUUGGGGCAAGUAGACCCCAAGACCUACCCUGAUCUUGGAGUUGCAUCCGUUGAAAAGAAAAGGAUUGAGGCAAACCUUAUCACCGGUUCCAUAUUCGACGGCCUCGUUACCGAGAAGACAAUGACAGUCGCCCAGCUUCUUCCCCCCAUCUCUGCGGAUGAAACCCCCAUUAUUCGCUGCCUCGGCCUCAAGUACCGUGACCACGCAAGAGAAGCCAAAAUGCCAAUCCCGAGCCAUCCGGUCCUGUUCAUCAAGCCACGAGCAGCUUUGUGCGGACCCUCUCCGCGGAAAAUCAGCGUGCCUAAACAUUGUCAGGACGGAACGAGCGACUACGAGGCCGAACUCACGGUUGUCAUUGGCAAAACGGGGAGAGACAUUCCCCAAAAAAAAGCCGUUGGAUGGUCCUUCUCAAAAGGCUUCGACUCCUCCGCCCCCAUCGGUCCCGUCCUCGUCGCGCAGGAGCAAAUCUCCGACCCGCACGACCUCCGCAUCAAAGCCAUCCACAACCGAAACGUCGUCCAGGACUCGAGCACGGAAGAGAUGAUCUUUGGCGUGUCGGAAAUGAUCGCAUUUCUGUCGCAACGAACCACCUUGGAGCGAGGGUCCCUGAUUAUGACGGGGACCCCGCCGGGGAUCGGGGCGAUGAGAGACCCGAAGGUGGUUUUGAACCAUGGUGAUGAUAUGAGGGUUGAGAUCGAGGGGAUAGGUAUGUUGAUCAACGAGAUCUACUAUGAGUGA